AUGAAACAUGUUGGUUUUCUCCGAUUGGAAGUCCGGUCGCCGACCCACUUCCCAGCCGGUAGCUCCAGACCUGAUGCCCCUGUCAUCGUGCAUUCGGCGGCGAAACUUAACAUGCGAGCUGUUAGCAGCAUUGCCGGCGCCGGCGGAAAGGUUUCCGAUAAGCCCUCCAUUUGUACAGCUGACGAGCUCCACUACGUACCGGUGCCGGACUCCCAUUGGCGCCUCGCUCUAUGGCGCUACAGGCCCUCCUCCCCUGGGGGGAUUAAGAGGAACCAUCCCCUGUUAUUGUUGUCUGGAUUGGGAACAAAUGCAAUUGGCUAUGAUCUUGCUCCCGGGUCUUCUUUUGCACGCUUCAUGUCCGUCCAAGGAUUUGAUACUUGGAUUCUGGAAGUCCGAGGUGCAGGCUUGAGUGAAAAUGAUGGUAUCCAUGAAUUAAUACCUGCGCUUCAAUGCUACUUUUUAUCAAGUUGCUUCAAGUAUAAACAUUACGCAAAGAAUCAAUCAUCCAAAGAAAUCAGAUGGUUAACUUUCCAAGCUAAUUUUUUAUCCAAGGAGAAACUGAAGGAUGCUUUUGUGCAUAUAGCUGAAGGAUUCUCUAACUUGCUGAAUGAAGAAGCGCAGAAUAUAGAUACUAAAUUGUCAAACUUAUUAAAGAUGCUCAGUAGUUUGAAACCAAUUGCACUUGGCAACCUAUCAGGCUUAGCACGAGCCAGACAAGAUUCUGCUGCAAACCAAGUAAGGAAUUGGAGCCAAAGCUGAAACAUCUUUGCAGGUGGUCAAAAAUCAGUUGGUCUGCAGGAGCAGUUUUCUUUGCUGAUGGAUGACUUUCAGAAACAGCUUGAUCUCAUUCUCAAGUACAAUUGGGACUUUGAUCACUAUUUGGAGGAGGAUGUGCCUGCUGCGAUGGAGUAUGUAAGGACCCAAUGUAAACCAAAGGAUGAUAGGUUGCUUGCAAUUGGCCACUCCAUGGGAGGCAUCCUGUUAUAUGCAAUGCUUUCUCAGAAUGGUUACAAAGGACGGCACUCUGAGUUGGCAUCAAUUGUCACGCUGGGAUCAUCUCUUGAUUACUCUACUUCAAGAUCAUCACUUAGACUACUGUUGCCCCUAGUAGAUCCUGCACAAGCUUUGAGUGUCCCUGUUGUUCCAUUAGGAGCAUUCAUGGCAGCUGCUUUUCCUCUUGCAUCUCGUCCUCCAUACUUUUUGUCUUGGUUAAACCCACAGGUUUCUGCACAAAACAUGAUGCGACCAGAGAUGCUUGAGAAGCUUGUCUUGAACAAUUUCUGCACUAUACCUGCUAAUCUUCUCGUGCAAUUAAGAACAGUAUUCCAAGAGGGUGGACUACGUAAUAGGAACGAAACCUUCAUUUACAAGCAUCAUCUGAACAAGAGCAAGGUUCCCAUUUUGGCACUUGCGGGAGACCAAGACCUCAUAUGUCCUCCUGAAGCUGUAUUUACGAAACUGUAAAGCUAGUUCCGGGAAGUUUUGUGAAAUUCAAAGUUCUUGGAGAGCCGAGAGGUCCACACUAUGCUCACUAUGAUCUAGUUGGGGGUCGCUUGGCACCAAAAGAAGUUUACCCAUGCAUUGUAGAAUUUCUUCAGCAUCACGAUCUGACUUGAAAUCUUCGGGAGACCACAGAGUGCAUAUGAUAUCUGUCUCUGUUGAUAAAGAGGGUAGCCAAAUGAAGAAUUGCGCCAGAAAUUCUGUACAAAAGUGCUGGCCAAUUACAUAAAUCUG